AUGCGCAUCCCCGCUGCGCGCCCCCGGAGCCGCACCGCUGGACUGGAGCUGCAGCAGCUUCUACCGCCUGCGGUCUUAACUGCAGCACCGCAGAGGAACCAGAGGAGCCAAACGCAAGCCACCGCCCCUACUCUCCUCAGUCAGCUCUUCCAGAUCAUUGACAGCCGCUAUCAGAAAGACGCCCUGCGCUGUUUUCUGGACUUCCUGGUACCAGCCAAGCACAUUUUAGAUACCGUGCAGCAGGCUGCAUGUGCUCAAUACUCUAAUGUGCUCUUCCUCUGUGAGGGAUGGCCUCUUUGUUUACGUGACCAAGUUGUCAUCCAGCUUGCUCCGAUUGAUCCCUCCGUUCUUCAGCCAGGCGACUUUUACCUUCAGGUGACUCCGUUCUGUGACCAAUCAGCUCGUAUUGUGGUUUGCAGUCUGCUGAAGGAGGAGGGACUUACUCUGGAGGUCGUGGAGGAGACCCCAGUUCCUGAGACGUCCUAUCCUUGUAUAUUCAGCUCUGGCUGGCUGGAUGAGUUUAACCAGGACUGCCAGGGGACGCCUCUUAGACAUUGCCUGGUCGCCACAGAGCGAGGCGUUGUGAGGUUGCCAUGGGAACGGGUGGCCGUGCCUGAUUUUGUAGAGCUGGCACGUUGUGCUGGGAGUAGUAUGGCCUCUGCUGCUCCAUCACAUUCACCUUUAAGUUCUCCACUUCCUAAACCUCCACCUCUUCCUACUAAUUUCUUCCCUCUUUCCUCCUCAAAGAAACCUGGGCCAGGACAUAUUCCUGUGACUAUUCAGGAUUCCGUUUCAACUUCUGCCCCACAUCCAGCCGCCCUCUCUGUGGAGACUAGGAUAUGUCCUGCAAAGCAUGGCAUCGCUGUGUCACUUUGUCUGGUGGAUACUAGAUCUGGUUCUUCAUCACAGCUGGUAAAAGUGAAAGAAACUGAAACAGAGCACAGGCCAAUAGGCUGGGUGUCCCCGAAUACAUGGGACAGUCGCAUUACUGGAAUAAAUCAAAACCCAGCCGCUAAAGCAGAAAAAUCUAACCAUUCCGAUGGUAAUAUAACUGACUUUAAAGGUGUGAAUAAAGGUAUUAAAGUUCCUGGAAAUACACUGCAAGAUAAGCAGAAAACCUCUAAUGCUCACAGUAUGAGCAGAAAUGAGCCAGCACCUGUUGCAACAGGGGACUAUAUUGAUAUACUGCAGGCCAAAAUGCUUUUUGAUAAAGAGCCAUCUCUGACUGAAGAACAGCAAAGCGCACAAAUACAACCCAAAAUACACAGAAAUCUGAGUUGGAAAAAUCAGCAAAUUGUGCAUCCACCAUUCAGCAAACAUUCAGAACAUAACUCACAGACAAUUUUACAAGAUAUGUCUGGAGAUGGACCUCUAUUUGUUCAGCAUCAUUCCCCUAAACAACCAACUUUUUCCAACUCCUCAGACUCCCCUCAGUGUGCCCGCACUGUGCGCUUUGCAGAGAAGCCCUGCACCCCAUGCAUGGCAAGACGGCAAGGUGGGAAAGUCGGCAAGGCUCAAGAGCUGAGAUGUCGAUACAGAGACUCAUACCAGGCUGCCCUACAGAACCCUGUCACGUUUGGAGCUGAGAAUAACAGAGGGAAUAUGUCAGUGCUGCUGGAAGAGGGCACUGAUAGCUCACAGCGUGGUGACAAACUGGGUCCGCUAAAGGUAGAGGAUCCAAGAAGGGAGCCUCAAGAUGCAAGGUGUGAUCCUGGAACAUAUACUCAGUCUCCUCCACAAGUAGGUGAAAACAUCUGUGAGGAGUCAGGAGAAAUGAACUGUCCUCCAUGCAGAAAACCAACAGAAAUACAUAUGCCCCCCAAUGCUGCUGGCAGGAUACAGUCUGAUAAAUCUCAUGGAUGUUUACACAAUGUGAGCACAGCAAAUCCUGUAUCAGGAGUAGGAACACAUACUAGGAAUGUCCCCUCAAACGUUAAUGGUCCUGGGUACUCAGGUGACUCCAAUAAACAGAAUAGAUCAACAUUAUGUUCCACUGAGAAACCUUCCAAUCAUCAUGAAAGUCUCCAAAGCAGAACCGGUUUGACGGCUAGGUCUCCAAACAUUAAGCCUGCUGCAACACCCCAACACAGACGAGACACCCACUCAGACAGAAGAUGCUCGUCUCUCUCCACAGCGGUGGUGGACACCUCAGAAAAGUGUGAACUGAUCAUUGUUGAAGGGAAAAAUGUCAGGAGAAAAGAAAACUCUGAUUCUCAAGCAGAGAUUCCACAACUGCAUGUAGUCAAGUGUAAAAACAGCACCGCCUUCAGACUGGUUUCACCCAAGAUCAGCAGAAAGAAAAGCGACACUCCAGUUGUGGAGCAGCUUGGCACCAAAAGGAUUGAUGAUCCUGAAACAAAGAACCUGCCCCAGAGGAAUCCGUCAUCCUUGGCAGAAACAAACCGGACUUCUCAGCAAGUGUCUGUUCUUACCAGACCAGACCACCUCCCUCUGGGCUCACCGGACCCCAGAGCCCAUCCUGUUUAUUUAGGGCUAGCCUUUCUCACAGGCUGCAGAGACAGGGCAGGCAGAGCAAUAAUUGAACUCUAUGGUCACCAUCCCGGGUGGGAGUCAACAGUAACGAGCCACGAGAUCUUCCAGAUGCUGCUCUACUUCUAUUCCAUCACCAGGAAGGAGGUCAGAGAAGCCGGGAUGAGAUUGAUAUUUGAUGCAAGAAGGAAGAAUCCUCAACCUCAGUUCUACAAGGCUUUGAUGGCUCUUCAUGAGUGGUCACCCCGUGCCGUGAAUUCUUUGGUUCUGCUAGUCGACAAAGAGAGCAACUUUCAGCCAGAGAGAUGUCCUGGAAUCCAGACGGAUUCAGUAACAUCAAUGAAAGGAUUGGUCAAGCUGGCGGAGACCAAUCAGCUGAGCUCUGCUCUGGAUGGCACAGCUCAUGGCUACUGUGACUGGCUUGAGCUGCACCAGAGACUUUUCCCGUUUGUUAACAAUCUCCAUGAAGCUGCUAGCUUACUGCUGAGAGCCAUCAGAAAGUUAGAAGAGCUGCAGAUGACAGAGACUGUGCAGGCUGUGCAGCAAUGCAUGAUGGACCAGAGGACUCUGAUGAGGGACGUCUUGGAGGACAGUCGGUUGGUCAGCCUGCAGAGGGAGGGCGGGGCCAUCCUGGCUAGGCUGCGGAAGGAGAGUGACUUGAAGUACCCUCACUGUGAGGACCUCAGUGAUGCAGUUGACUCAGUAACCAGUUUGUACAACUAUGUGGAGGAGCAGGCUCACAUCCUUGUGCAGAGGACGAAUGCAUCAUUGGAACACCUGGAAUACCUGCUGCAGCUCAGGGAAAUGGAGGGACACUUCAAGCAGAUUCAGCAGUGGUUUAGUGUGGAGGGAGAGCGCCACCUGCUGGAGGCCAAAUCCGUUGAGGAAUCUGGAGACAGAAUGGAGCAGAUCCUCAACAGCUUCACUGGUUUCCUGAUUGAAGCCAAUGACCGCAGACACCAUGCCAUGUCCUUAGUGUCAGAGGCAGACAAACUCCAGCAGAGGGGACUGUCCUACCCAGAGACAGAGGCCUUCAGGAUUCUCAUCAGCACCUUUAAAUCAGACUUGGAGGAUUUCUUGUGCAGGGCGGAAGCAUGUGGCAGAGAGCUCCAGAUUAUGGUCAACCUGUGUGAUUUUUGUGAGCAGGCUGUGGAGCUAGCUGACGAAUGCACUGGUUAUCUGAACCUUACUAAAGUCAGAAAUCAGACAAUACAAGCACCAGAAAGUACCCCAUGGAUCAGUCAAAUAAAUACCCAACUGCUACAGAACCACAGCAAAGACCCCUGCCUGAACUCCACACCUCUCAGCCCCUCAGAUCUCCAGGCUUCUCCUGACAGACUUAUUCUACAGUCUUUUAAAGAAAGGUUCCUACACUUCAGCCCAGAGAAAUUCCAAGAAGUCAAGGUCCAGGCCAGCUCCUUGCAGGGCUCCCGAGGGAUGCAUGUUUGGAAUGCUGCCUGGCUGAGAUGUUAUGAGGCUCAGCAGCAGCUUCAGGAGAGGAUGCUGGAGCAGGAGGACGUUUGCCACCAUUGUGCAGAUCCCAACAGCAGCUGUGAGGGUCAUUUUGUAGAUGUAGUGAGCACCAAUGUUCAGACAGCAUCUCCUGGGGGACAGAGGUUGGUGGUGCAGUCGACCACUGUACCUCAGCAUCCUCACCAAGAGGGGAUGUCAUCAGGUUCAGUGGAUUUGGGUAAAAUCAUCAAACCACAAGAUAACAUUGAUGCAGCAGGAACAAACUUAGAGCCAAAGACCUCCCAGCAGUCACCUCACAGGUCAGUGAGGAAAACAGUAAAGGAGGCAAGGAAGAGACAGACAAGCAGAGCCAGAAGUGAGAGGGAUGCUGCUGCUUUAUCCCAGUCACAUCCUGUCGGCUGCCAGUGGUUUCCAUGGAGACGGGGACUUGGAGGGAGGUCAGUGAGCCAGGACUCACACUCCACCCGAGCCUCAACAGCUGACUUCACACCGGGGGAAAAGGGGUCUGGACCACCGUCAGGUUGCUCCCACCACGGUCAGCCGUCCUGCCGAAUCUUGCAGGAGGCCCAGAAGUUCCAGAUCUCCCGCCACGGGAGCUUCUGCUCAGAAAACUCUUGUGUGAGCGACCGUGGGGCUGCAGGGGAUAACGCAGCAGACGGCUGUAAACACUCCAGCCUCCCCCCUGAGGGAUAUGGGAGGGCCAUUUCUUUACCAGGUCCACAGGAGAACGCUAGCAGCUCUCUGAGGCUGCAGCAUGUGAUGGAGGAGCUGGUGUUUACAGAGAGGGAGUAUGUUCGCUCCCUGGGUUACAUUCUCACUCACUACCUCCCCCUAAUGGACAGGUUGGACAUUCCUCAGGAUCUCCGAGGCAAACGAGGAGUUAUCUUUGGCAACCUGGAGAAGAUUUAUGACUUCCACAGCCACUAUUUCCUCCCAGAGCUGGAGGCCUGCGAGAGGCAGCCUGCCAUGGUAGCCCGCUGCUUUCUCAGACAUAGUGAGAGUUUUGGCCUGUAUGCAUUGUACAGCAAGAACAAACCUCUGUCAGAUGCUCUUAUUCUUUAUCGGCGCCAUGACAUCUUCAAGAAAAAGCAGCAGGAACUUGGGGACUUGAUGGACCUUUCUUCAUACCUGCUCAGGCCGAUCCAGAGGAUCAGCAAGUACAGUCUGCUGCUGCAAGACAUGCUGGCCUUGGUCGCAUCGUGCAGAACAAAACCGCAGGACGCUGCUGCAAGUACACAACAUGUGUGUGGCGUGGCUGCACCGGAUCUGACAAGGAUUGAGAGAGACAGAGAGAAAGCCGACAUCCAGGCUGCUGCAGACUUAAUUCAGUUCCAGAUGCGUCACGGCAACGAUUUACUCACCAUGGACGCCAUACAAGACUGUGAUGUUAACUUGAAAGAGCAGGGGCAGCUGAUCCGCCAAGAUGAAUUCACAGUUUUCUUUCGGAAGAAAAAAUGCAUCCGUCGAGUCUUCCUCUUUGAACAUUUGAUUCUGUUCAGCAAGCCCAAGAGAACAGAUAUUGGAAAUGAUGUUUAUGUCUACAAGCAGUCAUUUAAGACAAAUGAUAUAGGAAUGACCCACAACUCUGGCAUGAGCAGUCUGUGCUUUGAGAUCUGGUUCCGCAGGAGGAAAAAUGAGGACACCUACACUCUGAAGGCCUCAAGUAUUGAAGUGAAGAAAGCCUGGACCACUGAUCUGGAGAGGAUACUGUGGAACCAGGCUGCUCAAAGUAGAGAGCUGCGUUUACAAGAGAGGGUGUUUAUGGGAGCAGGUCGCGGUGCUUUUAUGGAUAUUGAACCCAGCGAUGGAGCUAUAUGUGAUCGAGCCGUUGGCUGCGUCCCGCCAGGGAGAAUCCCUGUGGCGUGUUGUUCACACAGGGGCUUAGAUUAUCCCCGACCUCAGUCCAUUGGCUCCGGCAGCACCACGUCCACCACCCUCAGCCAAUCAUCCUCCUCCUCUGGCCGAGGGUCGCUGCCCCCUACUGGUUUCCUUGGAAACCUGUCACACGGAGUGGAAACCAACCCAGGAUUUGGGUCAUCCCCUGAGGCCGUGAUGGAAAAUGAACUCAACGGCCAUCUUCUUCUUCAGCGUAAUCCUCAUCCUCACUAUAAUCAGUGGAAAACCUACUGUCCUCUGAUCGACAGCACUGAUUCAUCCGGAGAAAGUAUGAAUCCGUACAGCAGCCCGGACCACAGCUGUCUGUCUGCCCUCAGUGCAGAGGUAGUAGACGACUCCUCGUCUGUGUCCCAGAGGUCAGACCAAAAACCAACACGUUACGGGACCCCCAGUCUGAGGAAAAACAGCUCGCCUGCAGUUACCAGAAAGAAGCCUGGAGUCCCCCCUAAGCCUCCACAUCUGGCCAAACCUCAGGGGAAGCUGGGAAGAUCAACAGAAGUUUAACCCUUGAUUCUAAACAGACGAUGAGCUGAGCCCCGCUGCAGACUCCAUGAAGACAGAGGGAUUACAUAAACUAAGAUGUUUCUUUGGGCUUCAGAGCAAAUGUAUCUUAUCAGCAAGACUGUAUUUUAAAUUUUUUUAUUUAAUCAGUUUUGGGUUUCCAGAGCUGUAGCCAUCACUGUGGUUUCUUCUGCCAUGCGCAAAUGUAACAGUUUUAUAUUUGAUGGGAUCAAACAACUUUAUUAAACCUUUGGAAGUCAUCAGGACCAGCAUCUUUAUCUAAGGUUACCGUCCUGAGUGUUUAUAUACAUUUAUCCACUGCUCAGACUUAAGACUGUAUUAGAGAAGCUGGCCACAAGUAUAGUUAAAUCUAUGGACAAUUUACUGAGGCAAAGCUGAAAGUAUUUGGAAGAGUUUUGUAUUUUAAUGAUCAUAAACGACACAUAUUUCAGUUUAUACAGAUUUCUAUUGGAAGAUUUGUGGUACCUUUAUGCAUAUGAUUAAAUUUCUCUAAUGUUUUCUCUUAAAUUAAUGUGAAAGUCUUUUUCAUAACUUAUUCAUCUGAUGGGACAGACCACAAGCCUGUGUUUUAGCUCUAUUUUACACAGAAAGACACAUAUGUAAUGACUAAACUGUUAACAUACACAGAACCUUCAAGGAGGAAACUCAAACUUUUACAGAAGAACAGCAAACAGCAAGACUGCAUUUAAAACCCACAAGGGUCCACAAAACAAAUGAGUUUUUAUUGAUUUUUGCAGAUUAUUAAAGUGACUUUUUGAUUUAUAUUUGAAAGAUAAAAAAAUUGUGUUUAAUUUAUUUUAUUUUAUUUUUUUGCAGCUUAUGCAGUUUCACAUCCAAAUUAUGACAGGCAUAGAUUUCAUAUCCUAUUUGUGCUUUUAGGUUUAGUCAGUCAAUUCUUUUGUCAGUUUUAUACUAUUUCUUAUUUAUUUCUUUUAAGUUCUGUUUAUUAUUUAU